ACUGCUCAACUGCAGCUGCAGGGAGGGCAAGAGUCCGAGCGGGAGCCCGAGACCCCAGCAGGAUGCCUAUGCAUUUCAUCUUCUCCAGCGAGGUGGAGCUCCUCUUUGAUUUCUGGAGGGUCCACAGCCCAGCCGGCAUGGCUGUUUCUGUGCUGGUGGUCCUCCUCUUGGCUGUGCUGUAUGAGAGCAUCAAGGUUGGCAAAGUAAAGUUGUUCCAUUGGUCCCUGCUCAGGCUGCCCCCAAACCACAGCCUGCCGCUGACGGAGUAUACGGACCAGGACUCUACAAACUCUGAGCCAGCUCUGACCAACAGUGACCGAACCAGGUGGUUUCUGGGUCACUUGGGCCAGUCUCUGAUGCAUGUCGCCCAGGUGGUCAUCGGCUACUUCGUGAUGCUGGCUGUGAUGUCCUACAACACCUGGGUUUUCCUCGGCGUGGUCCUGGGCUCCGCUAUUGGCUACUACUUGGCCUACCCCCUCCUCAGCGUGGGAUAGAGGGCGGGAUGGGCUUCGGGGCCGCUGGAUGGUUGUUCCGCUCAGCAAGUUGGGCCGUUUGCCCUCUCUUCUUUCCUCACUGAUGAAAAUCCCCGGGGUUCAGGCGCAGGCACCUCUCCUGUCUGCCGGCCGUUCUCCAGCUCCCUCAUCUUCCUCCUUCUGCCCCACUUCCAGGGGCCCGCCACGAUGGCUACGGACAGUAUUCGCUGAGGACCUCUGGUGGUGGGUCUGCUCUAGCCUAGCCAAUCCAAGCCAGCCUGGGCGGGGUAGAGGGGAGGAGGCGGAGCCAGAGCCGCGGACGGCCUUGCUCAUUGGGUCGCCUCCUCACGGGUUUCCUGGCAGACUGUUGGAAAAGGGAUUGAGGCUGGGGCAGGAGGCCUCCAGAGCCACUCUGUAUCGUGCCUUAGUUAUUAGGGGAAAAGCUAUGCAGGGUUUAACUGCCCUCCUCUGUCUGUGGAAGGAGGGGACACGCCAGCUUUGGAAACUCACCUUUCUGCCUUAGGAAUGCUAGAAAAUUGAGGCUGCUGCCAGCGCGUGCGUGGGUACGUGGGUGCGUGCGUGGGUGUUGAUUGAUCUGAGAUUAAUUUCCUCCAUUCCUCCUGCCGACUCCCUUUCAACAAGCCCCAGAUCAGCUGCUUUGGGCAUCGUCAGCACAAACUAGGUUUUUAAGCAAACAAUCUCCCAUUAAAUUCAUAGUGUUUCAGAGCUCUGGACAGGGAAUACCUGAGCUUGAAUCCUGACCCUGGAACUUGGUAGCUUUGUCAUAUUCCCUCAAUGGGCCUCAGUUUCCUCACCUGUAAAGCAAAGGGAAUGGAUUAGACUAAAUAAGCUUUAAAGUGUCUUCCAGCUCCAUAUUUAGGAUCCAUUUCUUUCACGUUUUCUGAGAAGACACAAUGAACCAAGGAAGCUAAAUGCUGCUGAUGGUGGGGUGGGGUGAGAAGACAUUAUGAGGGCUGUAGAGACCUGGGGGGGAGGGGAUGGGGAGGCUCAAAGGCCUCGAGUGCCAAAGAGGUGACUGCUGUUUGUGUAUGCCUUGAAAUGCAUGACUUCCAAAGUUCCAUUCCAGCUGGGAUUCUUGCAUGAAUUUUCCCAAGUGCACAUAGUCUGUCAUUGGUAGAGGAAGGAACAUUCCCCCAAGUUCCCAACUCAGGGCUCUUUCUACUGGACAGCACUACCUCCUUGCUGUUCUGAAGGAAACUGUGAAGUUGUAUCAGGGAAGCAGGAUAGCUCCAGCCUCACCAGUGACCUUAUCAGUCUGGACAGUUAUUGAUGAUCUCUCUUUCCACCAUCUUAAUCUAAUCUUUUUUUUAAUUCAGAACAAGAUCAGUGUCAUUUAAUAACUUUAAGAUCUCAUUUCUCCUCACUAACUCUACUCUGUGACUGCACAUUCACAUAGAACAUUCAUUAAACCCUCCUCCUCUGUGUUGUUGGACAAAGGUGGAAUCAACCCCAAGUCAUUUAUUCUCGCCCUCAGGGAACUUCCAAUCUAAAUAAAAAUGCAAUUUAUA